UCUGUGUAUCGUUUACGGGAUCCAGAACAGACAGUAAACAAGCAUUCAUAUUUCAUGCGCAACCCCGAAAGGUGGGAUAUUACGGUGUCUGUUCCGCAGAUCUUUUUAAUAAAGCGACUUUUUUUAAUAAAGCGACUAUUUUUCCUGCAUUUCUGACAUCCAAAUCCAUGUUUUGUCUAUCUGAUAUUUCAGCGGCCCAGACGACCUUUGGGAUUUUGGAGAGGAGACGACCGUUCGAACUCUCACUAACAGAGUCUCUGUUUGCAGCCUAACUAAACAUCUGCUCAAAAUAUCCAGAAUGCCAGCGGAUUCCAUUAUUCUGAGAACAUUUAGUUUAGACAACUGCAGGCAUUCAAGUUCAUCAGAGAAUCAACAUUGGAUUAACUUAAAAUGUCGAUCCCAGUGGAAAGAAGGUAGAAAUGAAGAUUCGACGCAGGUCGAUGUCACUCAGGUAUUCAACGAUAUGAUUAUAUAGGCUUACUUUAAUAUUGAUAUUGAUAUGAUUAUAUAGGCAUAUGAUCAUAUAGGCUUACAUAUGCCAGCCGAAUUUUGUUAUUCAAAUAUAAUUUAAGGUCAGUCUGCUUUCAUGUAGAUCACAAUUCGUUCAGUAUUUUAAUUAAAAAUUUACAACGUGACGCCAUGUUGGACUUUGGUGUUUAAUUAGUUGACUCGAAGCUCAAGAAUAACCUUUCCACGGCAGAAAAUUGCGCAUGCUAAUGAAGCUGCUGCCUCAUAAAUAAGAAAAUUGGCAAAUAUGUGAAUUUGCGAUGUCUUCAGAAAAACGGAAUAGGUUCUUACCAAGUUCCAAAGAAAAAAGCAGUCGACUCUGCGGCGAUCAUAAGGAAACCUUUCCCAGAUCUACUGGAUCGUAGCACAAAAGAACGUGCCUGCGUUUUUGAAAAGCCUAAGGGUGAUCAAUCAGCUAUGACGCAAAAAGCACAAGACACGAUGUUUAACAAACAAUCGAAUCCGGCACACAGAAAACACCACAACGAUGAAUCUAAUAAACAGAUACCGAUCAUCAAAAGCGCAAGUCCUGCUGUAAAUCAAGAUUUAUCGUCAGAUCCGCGAAGACACCGUUUAGUUGCGGCCGUUGCAGCGAGUGCCGGCACGACAAUGAUUCAUGCCGAAGCUACGACAUCUGAUUUCAGGAAAGCAAAAAAAGUUUGUUACUCAAAACCGCGCUCUAAAAUUCAGGACGAUGGAACUGAUACGGAAGUUUCUGCGCCUAUGAUCGGUUGCUCAAUUACGCCCGCCAAAAUUGUUGCUUCCACUGCUGCGAGCGCUGUUGUUCCUGUACCAGCAUGGAGGCGCAUUUUAAAUAUUUCUACUUCCGGAGCCACUGGACCAUUGAUGUCUACAAAAAUGGAACCGCGUAACGAACCAAGUUCUCAUGUUACGUUUAAACUGGUCAACACGGAAAUAAUGACAGAUCCGCUAGAAGUCGUUCACGGUGCUGUGGGAACAGUGGACUAUCGCUCCAUUCCAUACAAUGCUGGAACAGACGGUGAAUUUGGUGUUGCACAAAAUACCAGCAUUGUUAUGCCUGAUUUUAAGACGUCCAAUACCAGCGAGGUUAAUCUGGAACAGCAGAGAACACAAUGCCAUGAUUCCAUCUGUCCACACAUUACAGGCGAAAUCGCACAAAACUCUCCCAAUGUGCAAACAAAUUUUCCGUUGCCAACAAGUAUACUAGGCCAAAUGCCGAAUCGGCCGGUUUUAGAUGAGGUACGGAUUGGUGAUACCAUAAUGAUUAACGGCCGAAAGCGACUGGCACUCCCGCCCCUUCCGGCGCCGCCCCGUGGUGUUGAUCUGGAUUUUCUUCACCGUACAUCACCGGAAACGCUCAGCGUAGACGGACAAUUGAAAUGGCUGGAACAGGCCAUCUCAAGAGUCACCUAUUUCUCAGAACUCUAUCAUUAUCGUGACCGGGUCAGAAAAUCGUACCUGCAACGGUUUCUUUAAACCCAAGCUAGUAUCUUUGUGGAGAAGAGUGGAGAGCACCUGUACCGUAUGUUGGUAAUUUGAAUUAUGGGUGCUCGGCACUGCUCGCUCAAACACCUAUUGAAUCUGUAAUUAAUGCAGUGGCGCAAAGAAGUUUGUUCCGAUUUGACCUUAAUAUCGUGUUGCAUAAUUAUUAUUUUAUUUCUUAUGCUAGGCUGUUCUUCUUCCAGCAUUGUGUCUGUACAAUAAUACUGAUAGCAGAUGUUGACUUUGGUUUGCCCCUAAUAUUGCCAAAUGUGGAUAAUACGAAUAAGGACAUUACCGCGUUCUAAGGUUCAA